GGUGAUUCAACUAGGACGCAACAAACUAAAUAAUUUUUCGCUCGCUUGUGACAUAUGCCCUUAAUAAUUACCUUACCAACAUAUUUCGAUAAUUAUUCGGAAAAACAUCCCCCACACACAUAUUUUCAUUAAUUUCAUUAACUACUUAAUUCAGAAAUUUUUAUUGAAAAAUUUUGCAAACUGCCUUUUAUGAGAAACUAUAAAAUUCAUCCUGGUAGACCCACCGCUGACUUGGCCGUCACUAUUUACGAGCAGUCUGGCCACCUCACAAAGUACAUAGUCACAAGUACAUAAGAGCGCGUCAUGCGCUCAGGCAUUCUUCCCUGAGCCUCUUAUCUAAUCACCAUAUCCAACUAUCUACAGUCGAGUAAGGAAGGAAUAUUUAACCAUGGUCAAAUGUAAAGCUAGAUCAGACUGUCUACCUUUGUGAAAUGGUCAAGACAUCUUUCUAAACACAAAUUUGUGGAUAAUAUUACAAAUGGCUUUCAUACUUCGGUGUCUUGGACAAUCCGCGGAAGAGAGUGAAGCUUCAUAUAUCCUUGAAAACAAUAUUGGGGGAGAUGUGUUUGAGGAGGUGUUUGGAAAAUGUCUUACAAAGACAGUGUCCAAAAUUGUUGUAGUGGAUCCUCAAAUUCGAACUGAUUUGCAGUACAUCUUCUUCCAAUGGCUACGUUUUGUGCGUGUUAAAUGCGAGAGGAAUAGGGAUUCGGUCACUGAUGAGCGACCCAAAUUGGACAUUACGUUAGUAUCAAACACAACCCAUAUUUGCCAGAUGGACGAAACCGAUUUUAAUGAUGGGACGGCCAAAGAUCAAGAUCCAAAAAUUGUUUACAAGACACUUUUCGAAGAAGUUGGAUUUGACGAAAACGUCAAAUUCGAUUACAUUCCGAAAACGAAACAAUAUGUUGAGAUUAUUAAAAAGAAAUCGUCCCCUGUGGCUUCAAGCUCUAAUGGCUCAAAAGGAGAACAUACGCUACGACAUGGUGGGUCUUCCAAUUCUGGAAUAAAACAUGGAAAGGGAAAGCAGGUGAAGUCGAAGGAGUCAAAAACUCGUGAUAAGAAAUCCGAAGUCAAAUCGAAAGACGAUGGCUCAUUUCAUCAUGACAGAUCAGUCAGCCCAACAGAUGAAUACAUACAUCAACAUGCAGGUUUCCAUAAUCCUAUUUACAUCCUAGAUCCCGGAGAAGAGCAGACAAAUGAAAAAUUCUGGUUAGUUCGCUUAGGAAAAGGUUUACUUUUCAUACAUAAACUGUGCGCUUGUAACGAGAAUCAAUUACCUAAAAGGAGUAAUAAGCAGUACAAUAAUCAUUAUUCACAUAUUACCGACAAAAAAUUACGUUCCAAAAAGAAUACCGAUUUCUAUGAAGAAAACGAAAAUAGGAAAGGUUUUUCUGUUCGACAUUACGAAAAAUGUAUAAAAACCAUGGAACUUAACACCUUUAAAACGGUUAAAACGGAGUUUGCCAUAUCCUGCUGGAAAUCGGAUGCAGCAAAUAUUUUCCUCGCUGUUGUAGAAUACCUUUCAAAGGAUACAAUUGAUAAAUUCGAAGAUAUGUCAGACCAGCCAAUCGGAGCGUCCCUAAUAAUUCCGCGAAAUAUUUAACUUCUUUAAUUCAAGUAAUCACUAUUAAGAAAUAUAAAUCUAAAUACAUGUACAUAAUUUUGUGUUUGGCCAUAAUUAAAUUGUUAUGCAUUAUCAAGCGCUGAUAUUUUUACAGUUUAUUCCGCCAAUAGUGUGUAAUGUUUGAUACAGAAGUUAGCCAAAUUGAACAAGUUUUUAUUUGCCUGUAAAUAAUUUUAAAUAAUUUGCAAAAUUUGACUGUCUUAAAAUAGAAAGAUGGGCACUUUUAAAUCCAGUAUAUAACUGCAAUUUUCCAAAGUGAUGACCUAGAUUGGUAUGAUUUUGCUAAAUCAAUAUCUGGUGAAACCACCAUGAGCCAAAAUAACCUCAAAAAUCCUUCUCUUCAUGGAAUCCGUGAGGUUGCGUAGGGUCUCAAUCGGAAUAUUGGCCCAUUCUUGAUGAAUGGCUUGUUCAAGCUCCCGUUUGAUCCCAUACUGGCGUCCAUGACCAUAACCACGGCGCGCAAGUUCAGCCCAGAGGUUCUCCAUUGGAUUUAAAUCCGGACUUCGAGCUGGCCAAUCCAAGGUCCGUAUGUUUUUUGCGGCCAAAAAGUCUGUAGUGGACCGGGAAGCAUGUACACUGGCCUUGUCCUGCUGGAAAAUCCAUCCACGCCCACCAAUUUUUGACCCUUGCCGGAUAAGAUUGGCUUUCAGGACAUCCUGGUAACCGGCCGAGUCGGUCCUAGGUGGAAUUGGAACGAGCUAAGUCUUUCCAUGGUAUCCAUAAGCCUCCCACAGCAUAACUGAUCCGCCUCCUGAAAAUCAAUUAAUUUAUUUUUAUUAAUCCUUCCAUGAACCGGUUAAUAUGUAUCCAAAUUAGUAUAUAUUAUACAUAUUCAACGUACCAGCUUGCCUCUUGGAGAAAAUUUCCGGAUUCCGUCUCAAAUUCUCAAUUUCCGGAUUCCGGCCCGUGCAGGUUGAACUUUUUUUCGUCACUGAAGACGACUUUAUCCCAUUUCUUCUCCCAUGUCAUGUGUUCCCGAGCAAAGUCGAGCCUUGCAUCUCUAUGCCUCUGGGUCAAAGGGGGCUGGGUAACUAUUUUACGCCACUGGAGGUCCUGGUUGUUGCACAGGGCUCGGUGAACUGUGUCCUUUGACACAGAAAUGGGCAAUUCUCUGGCAAUGUCACGAACUGAAUAUUUCCCUGUUGAUGCCAGUUGUGCAAUUUUCCUUUCGUUUCGUUCCGUGAGAACCUUUGGCCGUCCGACAGGAGCGUUUUCACCACCCUGGUGGGUUUUGGAGUUGAGAGAAUUUGAUAUAACGCUUUGAGAACACCCUAGGAAAUCGGCAAUUUUUUGCUGCGACAGACUUUGGUCUCUUAUUAGCUGAAUUUGCCCCAAUUUGAAUUCGCUCAGUGGCUGACCUUUCGGCAUUUUAUUAGCACUUAACAACCGAAUAAAGUAAGCUGACUUAGCUAAACUCGUCUCCCCGGAGGAACACUGGAUACUAAAUAAUAAUACGGCCAUCUUUCUAUUUUGAGACAGACGAAUUUAUCAGAAUUUAAUCAUUUUCUCAUAUCUUCCCCAUUUAGUGUCAGAUGUAAAUGAAUUUUUGUGUGGAAAGUGCCAGAUAGUUUAUCUAUAUUAUGGAAGCACGGUGUCGCUGAGAGACUAUUUACCAGUUUAACUUUAGCCAUUUGUAAGAUUAUCUUUUGAUUUUGAGACGCACUAUAUGUAUUAAUAAAUAUUAUUUCCUUUGCCUGAA